CUCCCAAAUUACCCAUCUCUCUCUUUCUCUCUCUCCCUCUCUCCCUCUUCUACACAGACCCAAACCCGAUCGACCCCUCUCGCCGCGUCUCCUCCAACCUCAUCCUCGCUAGGGUUUUCUCCUCAAUCAUUUUCUAGGGUUUUAGACUCGUCCGCUCCUCUCAACCUCACACACGAUGGUCAGAUUGGGAAGGAUCGUUCGCCGAGGUGAUCCCCCUUGAGCUCGCACGUGAUCGUCGCUUGAGAGGACCUUCGCCGAGGUGAUUCCUCUUGAGCUCGCAGGCGAUCGUCGCUUGGGAGGACCUUCGUCGAGUCACACGCGAUCGCCGCUUGGGAGGACCUUCGCCGAGUCGCACGCUUGGGAGGACCUUCGCCGAGUCGCACGCGAUCGCCGCUUGGGAGGAAUCGUUCAUCCACCUUCAUCAUCUUUCUUUCUCACUACUUUUUUUGAUGGACAAAAGUUGGAUACACAAGUCAAGGUUGAGUAAAGAAUACUUUGAUGGGGUUAAUGAUUUCCUUAAUUUUGCAUUUGAGAGGUCAUCUCAAGAUGAAAAAAUAUUAUGUCCAUGCUCACGUUGUUCCAAUAUUAAUUGGCACACACGUGAGGUAGUUAAGGAACACUUGGUAUGCAAUGGGUUUCUCCGAGGGUACACUCGCUGGGCUUGUCAUGGAGAAUCCAUCUCUUCCUCUUCAUCCAGUAGCAAUACAGCGUACUAUCUACAAGAUCCUUUACGACUGCGAGAGUCAACUCAUGAUCAAAUGGGCUCAAGUAGAAAUGAUGAUAUGGAAGGAUUAUUGCGAGAUGCCUUGAGAAUGCAUUUUCAAGAUUCAGAUAAUUCCUCGUCACAAGAAGACAUUCUAAAUGCACAAAAUAUUCGAGUAGAGAGUUAUGAGCAUUGUGAUAUAGGUCUUGAUAGGCAAAAACCUACCGAUGAGCCUAACAUAGGAGCAUCGAACUUUUAUAAGUUGCUUGAAGAUGCAAAACAAGAGCUAUAUCCAGGAUGUACAAAAUUUUCAAAGCUUUCUUUUAUAGUGCAUCUUUUUCAUUUAAAAUGCUUAAAUGGGUGGAGCAGUAAAUCAUUUACAAUGCUUUUGGAAUUGCUUAAUGAUGCUUUUCCUAAUGGUACAUCGCUUCCUAAGUCUACAUAUGACGCGAAGAAAUUUAUAAAGGAUUUAGGUCUUGGUUAUGAGAAGAUCAAUUCAUGUCCAAACGAUUGUAUAUUGUAUUGGGGUGAUAGGUCGAAUGAACAAUCUUGUGAUGUAUGUGGUGCUUCUCGUUGGUUACCAACUGCUACUGAAAAUAUAAAUAAUGAUGAUUUGGGUAAUGAAGAAAGAAAAGGAAGGCCUGCAAAAGUCUUGCGUUAUUUUCCUCUAAUACCAAGACUUCAGAGAUUAUUCAUGUCUCCAAAAACUUCAGAUAAUAUGAGAUGGCAUGACGAAGGACGUACAAAGGAUGGACUAUUAAGGCAUCCAGCUGAUUCUUUAGCAUGGAGAUCAUUUGAUUCUCGAUAUAAGGAUUUCUCUUCUGAUCCUCGAAAUGUCAGAUUAGGACUUGCCACUGAUGGCUUCAAUCCUUUUAGAGCUAUGAAUACUUCUUAUAGCAUGUGGCCGGUUAUUUUAAUUCCAUAUAAUCUGCCGCCUUGGAUUUGCAUGAAACAAUCUUCAUUUAUCUUAUCAAUGAUUAUUCCUGGUACAAAGGGCCCAGGAAAUAAUAUUGAUGUCUACUUGCAGCCACUUAUAGAGGAAUUAAAGCAAUUGUGGGAAGGUGUGGAUACCUAUGAUGCAUCAAGAAAACAUAAUUUUCGCAUGCGUGCUGCUUUGCUAUGGACUAUUAGUGACUUUCCAGCUUACGCAAAUUUAUCUGGUUGGAGCACAAAAGGUCGCUAUGCUUGUCCAUGUUGUGCUGAUAAAACUUGUUCCAGAUGGUUAUAUAACGGAAAGAAGUUUUGCUAUAUGGGGCAUCGUCGGUGGUUAAGUGAAACUCACAAAUUCCGCUAUCAAAAACACCUAUUUGAUGGCACUGAAGAGUUUAGAUCUACACCUACCCCUAUAUCUGGAACAGAUGUGUUGAAGCAAGUAGAAGGCAUCAACUUUAGAUAUGGAAAGGUGCCUAAUUCUAGUAGAAAUAAAGCUUCCACCAGUAUGCAGUCAAAAAAACGGGUGAGAGAACAAACGGACAAUUCUCAAGAUCUUGACAAUCAAUCAUAUAAUUUAGAGGCAAUUGGGAUAGAUAGUGAUGGAGAGGAAGAUGAAGAUAAUUUCAACAACACUAGCUUGUGGAAAAAGAAGAGCAUUUUCUUUAUGUUGCCUUAUUGGAAGUACAAUUUAUUGCGGCAUAAUCUUGACGUGAUGCACAUAGAAAAAAAUGUUGGUGAAAAUGUGUUUGGAACGAUAUUAAACGAAGAUGGUAAGUCAAAAGAUAAUAUGAAGGCACGUCUUGAUUUAGUGGAUAUGGAUAUAAGGCAUGAACUUCAUCCUCAAUCACUCCCUAAUGGUAGGACAUAUUUGCCUUCUGCUUGCUAUUUGCUAUCUAGAGAAGAAAAUGAGGUAUUUUGCAAAGUUUUAAAAGACAUCAAGGUUCCAGAUGGUUUUGCUUCGAAUAUCUCAAGGUGUGUUAAUCUAAAGGAGUGUAGAUUGUUAUCUCUUAAGUCUCAUGAUUAUCAUAUUUUGAUGCAAGAUCUCUUGCCACUUGCUUUGCGAGCGUCUAUGACAACGGAAGUCACCUCAACUUUAAUUGAGCUAAGUAACAUUUUUAAGGCCAUAUGUUCCAAAGUUCUUAAUGUUGAAGAUCUUGAGCAACUCCAACAUCGUGCUGCAAUUACUCUUUGCCAUUUGGAGAAGAUUUUUCCUCCUUCUUUUUUCACUAUCAUGGUGCAUUUAGUUAUCCACCUUUCCGAGGAGGCCAAACUAGGUGGACCAGUCCACUAUAGGUGGAUGUACCCAAUAGAAAGGAAUCUAUUUAGAUUGAAAUCAAAUGUUCGUAACAAAGCUCAUCCUGAAGGCUCAAUCGCCGAAGGGUAUUUGGUGGAGGAGUGUCUAAUAUUUUGUUCAAGAUAUCUUGAAGGAGUUGAGACGAGAUUUAAUAGACCUGUUAGAAAUUAUGACACUGUUGAUGCUAAAAACAAAUUGACUAAUUGCUCGGGAACAUCUGAAUCUUCUCGAGAGGAUGUGAUUGCAAUGGAAAACAAAAUUUAUAUCGAAGUCAUAAGAAAAGAGUAUGGCGGCAGAGUGGGAGGGCUAGGAUUGAUCCCAUCCGAAAGUUGUGUGUGUUAUAACUCGGAAUCAACGGAGGAAGUGCAAAAGUUAAGAGAGGAAGUGCAAGAGAAUAAAAAAAUGGUGUCUCAAUUGCAGUCCCAAUUAGCUGCUGUUAUGGAAUUUAUAAGACAAAAAAUACCUGAUUGUAACUUUGGUGGCAGUCGUCAGGAUCCUGAGUCUUCAGGCACUUGCUAUACGUCAGCAUCAUCAAAUCCUUCCCGUGAUACUUGAUCAUUUCUUUUGUAUUUGGACCUACUAUGUCCUUUAGCAUCAUUUUAUGUUUUGAGCUACUGUGUCAUUUCUGAAAAACUAUUUGGAUAUUAUAGUUUUUUAUCAUUUUAUUGAUGUUGAGGAUGUGAGGAACAAUUAGUAUUUUGGUUUCAUUCGAUACUCUUGGCUUAUAUAUGAAUGAAACAACUUUUUUUGCUA